AUUUAAAGGGAAGUCACUGGAGUGAAGAUCACCGUGAUUGCUCUGAAGUGUGUGAAGAGGGGCACGUGAAACACUCACUGGCUGCCUUUGUAUGGUGACCCAUAACAGUCUUUUUUCUUUGUUACAAACAGGGUUUGGAUGAAUGUUAGUUCUUUUCGGUUUAUUCCUUGAAGUAGGAUCUCUGGGUGAGCAAUAUUCUAAGACUUUUGGUCUAUCACAAGAUUUUUGAGGGGUUGCCUAGAUAAGUCCAUGUCAGGUUUCUCCACCUAUCCUGACGUAGUAAACCUGAACCCUAAAUUGUGGCAGCAGCCCAGCGGUUUUUGAAAUGCCUCUGAUCAUUGGUCAAUAACUUUGCAACUAAAGAAACAGAGGACGCCAUUGGCUAGAGUUCGUCAGAAGGCGGGCAGAAGGUGGACUCUGGAAUGUUAGAUCUGUGGUUGCCAUAGCGACAGGGAGGCGGGCAGGCCAGAUUCAGCGCUGGGGACCCAACGAGGUGCUUAGAAGAACAUGUAGUUGAGAAUCAAACAAAUGGAAUAUAGCACAGAACUUUGCUGAAAUGGACAACUCCACGCAAAAAGACCAACACUCUGGCAAAAAGUGUUCCAGAAAGGCCAAGAGAGUACAGAAAGGUUUUACUGCUGCAUAUCCAACACAAUCCUCCAUUCCUUAUAAAUAUCAGCCUUCAGUCAUUCCAGAAUCAGAAAAAAAAGGAUUUAAUAGUCAAGCCAAGAGAUUUUACCACAAAAAGGACGACAUCCCUGGCCCUGGGUUCUACGACGUCAUUCACCAGUCCCCUGUGUUCGACAGUGUGUCCUUGUCUAAGAAAGGGACGGGCACCUUUCCCUCUAUGCGGGCCCGGUUGGAUACCAUCAUUUCUAAACACCCUGCAGCUAAUGCAUACACAAUCCCAUCACAUUUUGUUUCGAAGAAAGACUUCAGUAAUUCCUGUUCCAGCAUGUUCCAGCUGCCAAGCUUCAGGAAAGUUCUCAAACUUGAAACUCCCGCACCAAACCAUUACAAUGAAGCUUUUUUCAGACCUGGAGAACAAUGGUGGAGUCAGCUGGCAAGGAGCAGAAAUGCGACUUCUGUCUCUUGCUGCAAGCAGACAAACAACGUCUGUGCCCGAGCCGGGUUCAUGUCCAAAACCCAGAGAGGACUUUUCAUGAUUACGGAAACAGGACCUGCCCCAGGGCAUUAUAACGUCAACGAAUCCCUUGUGAAGCAGUCGCCAAAGAUAUUGAUGUCUUGUUUUAAAUCAAAAACGGGGCGUGGAUUAAAACUCACGUCGACAGGCCCAGGACCCGGUUAUUACAACCCGAAUGAUCACACCAAAGUUCCAAAAAAGACUCUUAUCCCGAGAAACCCCAUCCUGAACUUCUCUGCCCAGCCUUUGCCUCUGCCCCCCAAGCCGCCUCUUCCGGGCCCCGGCCAGUACGAGAUCGUGGACUACACGGGCCCCCCCAAGCACUUCAUCUCUAGUGCGUCCUUUGUGUCCAACACCAGCCGGUGGACAGCGGCGCCAGCCCAGCCAGGCCUGCCCGGCCCAGGUCAGAGGACUGCUUCAAAUGACUGUAAAAACCAAACCUGGAAUUGUUUGUCAUUCCUGGGCCAUCAAGCGCCACUGAUUUAUGGGCUGUUUGCCAAACAGUUUACAGGGGUUAAGCGUGGAUCUAGAAGUCUCUUCAGCUCAUGCUCUCAGAGUAUGAAAGGUGGAGGGGUUUUGUUUGUUUUUUAAGGUGAAAGGGCUCUUAGAGAUGCUCUAGGCCAGGGAUUUAUAACUGAGGACUGUGAAUGUUUGAGGGGCCUGAAGAUGGGCUGCAGGCGCCUUGUCACCCUGAAAUCAUCUACAGAUUUGGAGCAUGCAGACGUUAUUUUGGUGGCUGGGGAGAGCCAGUGUUUUUGUCCAAAAGGUUCAUGUUCUUAAAAAUGUUUAAUCAUGGCUCUAGUGUGGUGGAGCCACCUCACAGAUGGGGAAGGUCCUGAGAGCGAGGUGUCACAGUCCCUCUGUGGGCCAUGCCCACCCCUCUCUUCUGUGUGUGUCUGUUGUGAAGUACAGCAGGGCUCCAGCAGAGCGGGUCUUUGCAGCUAUCUAGUUCUGCGGCCUUUUACAGGUGGGUUCAAGCUGCGGGUCUCUGUUACCUAGGAUCUGCCUGAGAGCUGAUAGCCUCAGGGACUGGCUCCAGGGGCUGGUCUCUGCACUCUCCCCACCCCCCGCCUGCUUGUGGCUCUCAGUGGAGCCCUUAGCUAUUGACCACCCCCGGCACCGGCCAGGGUGGAUGGCCUUGGGACCGAUGGGUGGGCUGGUGGGCAGGUCUGUGAAAUUCAGCUUUUCAGUGAGCGCUACUGGGGAUGCAAGAAUGACUUAGGCCCAGGCCCUGUCCCCAGAGGUGUCACCUUCCCUCCACACACUCAGAUGGGUAAAGCGUAAGGUAGAUGGGACAGGGAGCACGUCAUUCUCAUGGCUUUGGUCUUGGGAACAUAGUCAUAAGGAAGCCAGCAAGGGCCGGAGGUUUGGCCUUGGGGUCAUCUGGUCCGUCCAGGCAGAACUCAGCUUGGGCCAGCACAUGUCCAAAUGCUCCAUGUGCGUGGUGAGCUCCAGGACCCCGGCGACCAGCCGGGUCCUUGUCUGACCCUGUUCGGCCCAGAGCUCCAGGAGUUUUUUUCUGAGCUUUCUGGCCAUGCUGUGAUCAUCUAGGCCAAGUGAGCUUCCUUGAGCUCCUCCUUCCUUUCCCCCCACCCCCCGCCUGGCAUAAGCACAUGCAAACAUCUGCCUCCUUGGCUUCCAGUGGAUGCAGGCCUACCUGGACUGCCACGGCUGCCACCUCCCUGUUAUACCAGGCUCCUUGUAAUACCAGAGGCCGUGUGUGGCCCUUGUGAACCAAAUUAGCAUGAGAGGUUUCAGUCACCCCAGGUUGUGGGUCCCAAGCCCUUGAGUAGUCCUGGCUGCUGUUGUCAUGCUUUUCAGUUUUUUGGAAAUUUCUAAACUAAGUCAAACAGCAUCCCUCUAAAAGCUGACACAUUGUUUCUGUAAGAGUAUUUUUCUACUCUAUAUUUUUUUCAAAUUUCAUGCAAAACUCUUUUGUAAAUUUUCUUCUAUUAAAAAAGUUAAAGGUUGCUCUAGUAUGGGUUCAAUCCCUGGCUGGCUUGGGAACUUCCACAGGUGUGACCAAAAAAAAAAUAUAUAUAUAUGUAUAUAUAUAUACAUAUAUAAAUAUAUACAUAUAUAUAUGGUUGAAGAAGGUGGGAAGCCAGAGUUCAGGUCCUGCCUCAGCUAGUUAGGCGCCAGAUGACCCUGGGCCAGUCCCUGCCUCUCUGUCUCCCCACAUGUAAGGUCCAGGGGCGGGACAGGGUCCUGCCGGCCUUGCCAGCUCUGAUAUAGAAUGCCAGAGCCUUGAGAACUGGCCUUUUGUCUCUUAAUGUUGUCUCCCUCUCUCCUCAAAGCCACAUACAAGCCGGAAUUGCCUGGAAAACAGUCUUUUCUCUACAAUGAGGACAACAAGUGGAUCCCAGUGUUGUAGUCACCUCGCCUGAGCUCGAGAAGAGCCCUGGCCACCGGCUGUCCAUCCGGGUGUCCCAGGAUGUUCAUUCAGAGAGCACCCACUUCGUGUGUGACAGCUGAUGACUCUGGGAUGGCUCUGCUGCCCCAGCCUGGUGUUAGAACCGGGCUGCUGCAUUUGUCCUUGUCUUGAGCUGCCCCCUGGACAGAGCCUCCCUCGGUCACUUUGCCAUGCAGCUAUCUGGGCCGGCUUCUGCACAGCUCCCCUCAGAUUUCAGGUGUCCCUGAAGCUCCAUCUCCAGGAGAAGGAGGCUGGUGGCAGAUGCCCCAUCUAGAAGCCUGAUGCUGAGCCAGGGCCCUGGAGCCACAGGAUAGAUGACACAGGGCCUCAGCCCCAGCUCUCUCCCCAUCCUCUAGCCUUGACUUCCGGACUCCUCCAGAAUUCCAGGAGCUGGAAAGGCCAGAGGCACUGUGACAGGAACAUGAAAAGCAUGGCAGCGAGUCACUGUCGUCACGUGGUUACCCACCCGCAGGAGAGGCCGCCACACCGUUUACUGGCCUGUGCUUGAUGGACAGCCGCAGGCGGGACCUGCUGGGGCCAGAGCCCUGGGCGCGGUGGUGUGAGGGGCACCUGCCAAUUUUUCCACCUGGACUUUUGCCUCCCCUGGCCUGGUCCCAUCCCCUCCCAUCUCCCGCUCAAAUUCAAUAUGACCUUAAUGGAUCCUUUCUGCCUGCCAAGUCAUUUCUCCUCAGCAAGAGGAAGAUUCUCAAAGAACCAAGAGGAACUAGAGUUAACCACUCAUCCCCUCCUUCCCCAACCAUUGACGCAUCUUUCGCUCAUGAGCCGAGGUGGCUGAUGCUCUCCCCCGGCCGCAUCUGCCUGGGGCCCCGCUGCCCCUUGGCUCUCUCCUUGACCUUCCUCCAGGAAUGGCAGUCCAGACCUGGCUGCCGACGGGCUCUCCCUUUGGGGAGGGGUGGGCGAGGAAGAGGGAGGAGAGGAGGGAAUGAUGUGUCCCAUUAAACUGAGUUCUCAUUUCUCUCCAAA